AGGCAGAAGGAAAGUUUACUUUAUUCAACUGAGACAGAAGAUUUCCCUCGAGGAUGGCGGAUACGGGUGCCCCCCUCAGCUCCAAGACUGUGUCUAAAAGCCAAAGUGCGAGUGCCAUCCUGUCCAUGGCUCAGAGGGAAGAAGAGAAGCCGGGCACGAUCACUAAGAGUAAUUCUGCUGCCCAGCUUGGUACAAAUCUUUCUGCAAGUGGAUCUUCCGGGGAUGUGGAUAGAGCUAAGCCUCUCACAGUGGAUGAUACACCCGACACAGUUCUGUGCGACUUUUGCUUAGAGGAGAAGGUAAAAGCCCUGAAGACGUGUCUGACCUGCAUGAUCAGUUACUGUGAAACUCAUCUCAGACCCCAUCUGGAGAAGCCCAAGCUGCAUGCCCACCAGCUGGUAAGUCCCAUAAACGACGCAGAGCUACGGAGGUGCAGCACCCAUAACAAACCACUUGACUGGUUCUGCCAAGAGGACCUGAUGUGCCUAUGCCAAGCCUGUGCCAUGGAACAGCACAAGGAGCACAACCCAAUCCCUUGCUGUGAGGCGAGGAAGCAGAAAGAGGCUGAAGUCUAUGAGACAGUGGCAGAAUAUGAAUGGAAAUUGAAGUCUGCCGAGAUCGCUAUUGAGAAACUGGAAGCAAACACCACAUCUAUCCAGAAUUCCAUUUUGGAAGCCAAAAAGGUUAUAAACCUUCAGUUUGCAGAUGUUCACAGCGCCGUCAAUAAAUCCCACACCAAGGUGCUGGAGUUCUUGGAGACGAGAGAGAGGAUGGCACUGAACCAGUCCAACGGGAUCAAGACCCACCUGGAGCAGAAGUGCAGCGAACUGAUUAAGUACAAAGUGAAGGUGGAGAGGAUUGCGAGUCACAAGAAUGAAUUCUCAUUCCUUCAGGAGUACUGUGAAUUUAAGAAGUCCUCAGGGGACGACACACUUCCCAGUGUUUAUAUUGGGCUGAAGGACAAGCUGUCCGUGAUACAAAAGGUGAUUUCCGAAUCGACAGAGAAGAUAAUUGAAAUGCUGCAGACCUCGUACAUGGACCGGCUGCAAGAAUUUGCUAAGGAAGAGGAUCUUGGGAUAAAAACAAUGGUUUCUGCCAUAGUCGCAAAGGAGCAUCGUAUCACUGCUCCAGAGCCUGAGUCACGGAAUGAGUUCCUCAAAUAUAAGUCCAAUCUUACCCUGGAUCCAGUGACAGUUCAUCGAUUCCUGAGGCUGUUAGAAGACAACCGCAAAGUGUCCAACACCGCCCCUUGGCAACAUCCGUACCCUGAUGACCCCCAGCGGUUUGAGGACUUCCGGCAGGUGCUGAGUGCCGAGAGCUUCUACAUGGGGCGCCAUUAUUAUGAGAUCCAGUUUAAAGGGGAAGAAAUUUACAUGGGUCUGACGUACAAAUGCAUCGAUAGAAAGGGUUCAGAGAGUAACAGCUGCAUCACUGGCAAUGACUUCUCCUGGACCUUAAAGUGGAAUGGGAAAGAGUUUUCUGCCUGGCACAGCGAUGUGGAAACCCCCCUGAAAACUGAAAAAUUCUCCAGGGUGGGCAUCUAUAUUAACUAUGUGAGUGGCAAUAUAUCAUUUUAUGGGGUCACAGACAAAAUGACCCUCUUGCACUAUUUUGAUGGCAAAUUUACAGAACCGCUCUAUGCAGCCUUCUGGCUACCAAAGAAGGAAAGUUCUUUAGUGGUUUUAAGCCCAGAUAACAUCAUGUUGCCUCCUGUCUCCUCCCCUACAACAGCUGGCACACCCUAACAGUCCUGGCCACCAUUCAAGGAGACAGAGAUAAGAUCAAUGCAUACACAAAACCCAAUGCUUUCUACAGUUACACUUGUAUGAGUAUCUCUUCUCCAUCUCACAUUACACUCCCAUUGCUUAGUGCAGCCUCAUCAUAGAUUGUAAUAGCAAUUGUUCUAAUGCUAAAACAUCUUUCCAGUUCUGCUCCUGGAUUUUCCUGAUGUCUCUUCUAUUUCAGAGCCAACUGGGCUUAUGCACAAGACUUGUUACCAAAGACUUUUAUACCUUUUUCUUACCCACUAUGCCCAUGACCGUUUUUGUCAAUACCUUUCUGCUAAACAUGUCGAAUUACAAUAGGCAAUAGUAUUAAGAUUCUAUGAUUUGCUUGCUAGGCUAGAAUAUAUAAUUUCACAGAGGUCUAUUAUACAGACAAUGACAGAUUCAGGCCUACUGCUAUGUGAGCUAAAAGCACAGACAGAGGAAGACUCAACAGGACUAGGGCACACCAGGCUAUUCCUCUGUAUCCCAGUGGGCCAGACCAUCCCUUUUUGGAUGUAACAGGGUGUUCUGUAAAAUUGAGGUUGAAUUUCUCUUGCCAACAACCCCUUACAAAAAACCCUUUAGUUAUUAUAAAUAAAGGCUCACAGGUGUCCAGUCCAGGAUAGGACAAAAACAAAGAGGUCCUGUUGACACAAUAGCAGUAAUUUAAAGACGCUUGCCCAUCAAUUUCAACCUUUUUGUCUAAAUGAAACCUACCUAAUAGGCACCUGUCUCAAACUGAUAAGCUCUGAUAAGCAGCCUAUGUCUAUCUGUCACUAAGGUGAAAUGUCAUUAAACUACAUGUCUCAUCAUCCACUGAUAUCCCCAACAUCCUCUCCAUUUAAUAAAAGGGCAUGGCUCCUAAAUAGGAUGCAACAUUCUCAGUAUGGCGCAGCAAUUGCACCCCUUUAUUACUCUCAUACCUGACUUUUCAGGAAGAGUACCGAAUUGCCCCAUGUCAUUUGGCUACUGUGAUAUUUCUACUCUGUAUUUAUUUGCUAUGUUUUAUUAAGUAAGAAUAAAGCAUACUACUUCUUGCA